AAUUCCAAAUAUUUUCCAGGAGUGUUAGACGCAGGAUAAAAGUGUUGGAUCGGAAAUCUUUGGAAGACUCGACUCCUAGCCAUUUCGAGUACUCCACCAUCAAAUUCAUACCUUACUAUAUAUAUUGUACAUGACGUUCUAAGCCAAGCUCAUUCUAUCCAUGACAAAACUACUCCAUCCACAGAAAUUGAAGAACGCGCUCUAUUCAAUUUGUCUAACACCGCAAUGAGCAUAAUAACAGUGUAAUUUCCUCCCAACUAUACCAAAAAAAUUUCCACGUCCUACUUCACUACUUUUUUCACGUUUCAGAAAUUUUCCGGCGUUUUCAACACUCGGAGUUUCGAUUUUCGAGUUUUCCAAAAAGAAAAUCGAUAUGUUUCUGUCGGUUAAGUCGUUAGUGUUGAUCAUGACUGUGACCAGUGCUCUAGUUGAUUUUUCUCGGAGUGCACCAGUGAAAAAUCGGUUUUUGACGACGAAGGAGUUGGAAGAGGUCAUCGUCAGGUAUCUGGACGAAUACUACGAGAAGCACAUAGGGCAGGCACAGCCGACUGAUCGAAGUUUCAGGGGAAGAAAUGAUUCCUCCAGGAAGAAGGUUGAUAUUUACGAUGUCAUGCAGGGCGAUCAGCCUGUUGAAGAUGGAAAUAACGUGGAAAACCGACAGCAACCCUCCAAUUCGACUGGGAAUUUAACAGAUAUCAACGCACUCCAGGCCUCCAGAAAUCGAUUUCCGAUUGUUGAUGUGGAGAGCAGGACCAAGGACAAUUGGAUCCAGCUAUUGAAGAUGAACAUCCUGCAGCAGGUGGGACGGGUGAACUCAUCAGGGGCAAAUAUGAUGUUCAACAAAACGUCACCCUUGAAUCUGACGCAAUUUUUUCCGAUGAACGAGCAAUCCAACCCGUUGGAGGAGUUUAUAUCGAAAAAAAUCAGGACCUUCUAUCCUUCAUGCUCUGCCCCAGAGGGUGUUACCCAAGAGUUCAAGGCGGAGGAAAAAAUGAUGAACCUCUACUUCAACUACACGCAAGACGACCAAACCAAUCAGAUAGCCGAGGCUACUCUGAGAUUACACGCGCUGAUCCUGAAAAAUUCCACCCAUCUUGAAAACGUCAAUUGCACCCAUCGAAGGGAGGAGGAGGAGAAGGUUUACAGGAUUUCUGCGUAUUACUACGUCAAGAAUCAGAAGAACAAGAGGAAAACGAAGAAACGUCUAUGUGACAGCAGAGUCAUCGCAGAAACCAGCAGAUACGUGGAGCUCAACAUGGCGAACGCUGUCAGGGCUUGGAAUAAGGAACAGAACCUAGGUCUGGCAGUGGAAGUGGAAGACCAAGACGGGAAAUCGAUGAAGACUGAGAAAUACUUCAUGGGACCUAGUUGCUCGGUGGGCAUCUCCACACCAAAACCGAUCCCAAACAUCCUCCUCGACAACGCCGAGGCUUCGGAGCAGUUUCUCAGAAUACUGGGAAGAAAUACAACAUCGCCCCCUGCUGGUACUCUAUUACUGCUACCCACCCUUGAGGUCUGCACCCUGGGAUCUCCUGUAGGCGGUCCGAAGGGUUCCAAACUGCGCACCAAGGAGUGCAACUUGCGCCAGCUGCAAGACCAGGCGCAGAAAGUUCUGGAAAAAGACAAGCUAGAACGUUUGGCCACUCUGACGUCGGAACUGAGGCCGACCGCCAGCGCCACCCAUCGGCAUCUUCGACACCAGAGGAACUACCUGGAGGAGAAGCUUGCCGAGAGUGACACCAAGAUAUUGAUGACUAAGGAGCAAGUGUUUGAACUCUUGCAAAGUUUAAAUCUGACGAAUAUACGUACUUGAGCAUGUUUUAGUUGAAUAGGAAAAUUGUUGAGGAGGGAUGAACAGAAUUCUCACUAGGUUCUUCCAAUCUAGCCAAGGUUAACUCUUGAUCUGUCCCAUCUAGCUAUCCACUUCAUAAUAAAUCCAUUUAUAAGUCUGAAUUACCUGAUGAUUGAAUAAUUAAUCCGAAACAGGUGUGCAGUUGCUUCUAAAUAGGCUCUGGGUGGACAGUGAUUCUUGUCUUGGAUUAUUUGUUGUUGUCCAUCUCUGUUCAUUUCUCCUGUAUCCAAUAGGGAAUGUAAGACUGUUUUAGGUAUUUAGAAAUUCGAAGGAAUCAGCGUUACUUAAUAUCUGCCUAUUUAUUUUAUAGUACCACUUAUUCUACCCUCACAGAAAAUAACCUAGCUGCAUAAUAAGAUCAUAAAAAAUAAGUAUUUGAACAAAACAUAUCAACAACAGAGAGGGGAAAAUACAAGACCUCAUGAUCUUGCCUAAAAGAAGCUCAUACUUUUAUUUCGUUAUUUGAGGAAUAUACAGGAUGGUUUUAAAAACAGAAGAAGGCUGGACCUCCACAUCUUUCGAAUAAUUCAAUUUCAAGGGUUUAACAGAAAAUGAAACGAAUUUUUACUUCAAUUACUCUCUCUGUUUUCAUAGUUUUCGUCUUUUCUAUUUUUAGAAUCAUCCCCAUUCUGCAAUUUUUCCACAAUUUUAAUACUCAUUGCAAUAGAAAUCGUAUUCUGUCUGAAGAAUUUCAAUAUUUCGAACAUAUUCUUGUGAAAUAGUAUUACCAUAGUGUAUAGAUGUUAUAGACAGGGUGUUAAAUAACUGAAAUUCAGGUAAUAUGGUGACUAUAAAUACCUGUCAUAUGGAGAGAUAUAGAUUUAAUUUCAAACCAUAUUUUAGUCCUCGAAAUUCAUUCAUUCACCCUCUAUGUACAAUGAUAUUACAGAAGCCCCAGUUAUGUACUUAAUUUAGGUAUAACCUACCACAAUAAUAUACGCGAAUAUGAAAAAUUAGUUCAUCGUGUAAAAAUUGUACUCUGUAAAUAAUUUCUUGCAUUUCUUGAUAGGCCCAUUAGAGUUAAGUGAACUUUUGUAUAAAUUAAGUCUUUAUUGUAGAUAUUUCGAAUUUUCUUUACGUACAGACCCAUGUUUUGUCUUUUUUUUAUUAUAGAUAAGUUUUUUUUGAAAAUGUACUAUAUCUUAUAUUGUAUUAAAGUUGUUUGAUAACUGAA